ACGUACACAAUGGCCGCAUACGCAAAGACAAAAAUAUUCUACAUUUCAGUAGGUUUUUGGCUCAUUAUAGGUGUUGAAAGCUACAACGGUUGGUCAAACCAUAGAUUAACCAUUCAGGCUGGAGGAUCUUUCACCAUCCCGUGCCAUUACGAUGAGGAAUACAAACAGCAGAAGAAAUACUGGUUCUCAGAAAUUGAUGAAAUAUACAAAAACACAACAGAGGGGAAUCUAUCAAUAAUUGAUUAUCCUGAUCAGAGUCUCUUUACUGUGUCUAUGAGAAACCUGCAGAAUGAAGACACUGGACCUUAUGAUUGUGUUGUGGACAUUGAAGAAAUACCGACUGUCACAUAUGAGCUUUAUAUCAAGGUUCAAUCUGCUCCUGAUGUGUCUGUGGUGGACAGCAGUGUAUCUGGACAUGAAGGUGGUGAUAUCAGUGUGCAGUGUCUCUACAGUUCUGGACAUCAGAAUGAAGUCAAACGGUGGUGCAGAUAUAAAGAUCAGAGCUGUUACACAGUGGGGAGGUCUAACACAUCCCAGAGUUCAUCAGUCCAGAUCAGUGAUGAUGGGAGAAGUUCCUUCAGUGUGCUGAUGACUGGACUGAGACUGACUGAUUCUGGCUGGUACUUCUGCUUUGUAGGACAGGCACUGAAUCCUGUUCAUCUCACUGUAACUGAGGCAAAGCCAGACAAAGAGAAAGAUAUAGACGAUGAACUCCUGACUGUGUGGCUUCAAGGCUCAGCUGUGCUUCUGCUGUUAUUGAUUCUGGUCGGUGUUUUCAUCUGGAGAUGGAGACAGAGACCCAAGCAAGACCAACACCAAAUCAGAAAGGGAAACAACAGCACAGCCAUUGACAGAAUCUACUCUAAACCUGAAGAUCAUGUGAUAUACAGCACUGUAAAUGAUGAGAACCCUGAUAAUCCCAACAAGGACAUAAUCUACAGUAUUAUUGAUAAUGUUCCUGGGAGUGAAGUGAUGAAGUCUCCAGCAGGUGGAGCAAUAUACAGCAUAAUAUACAGCACUGUGGGUCCACACUGACAGAAACAGUGAGAACAACACAAGAACAGACCUACUGACCAAGAGACACAAUAUCAACAGCACAGGACUGUCAUCACAACCUUUUUUUUUUUUUUUUUUUUGUAUUAUGCUAUCUCCGUUUAAUUUCUUCACUGUAAAAAUCACUUUAAGUUUAAAUUGUACUGUGUUCUGUUGUUUGCAUGAACACA